AUGGGCGCAGUCAUAUCCCACCUGCGCGGCAUCUACACGUCCUUCACGGCCCUCAUCCGGACCCUCUCCGCCCUCAACGCGCGGUACGGCGCGCUUUUGGAGAGGGUCCACGCCGGGCCGUUUCUGCCUGUUGAGAAGCCGACGGAGUCGUUUUGGAUGCGGGAUCCGCCGUUUCCAGAGAUGGGGGACGUUGAUGAGGAGGAGGAGGAGGAGGUGGAUGUUGUGGUUGUGGGGAGUGGAAUUACGGGUGUUUCUGCUGUCAAGACGAUCUUUGAACUGUCUUCGUCUUCUUUGACGAAGCCAGAAGGGCAAGGUAAUGACGAUCAAAGAGGUAUACCAAAGAUCAUGGUCCUGGAAGCACGCCAGCUCUGCAGUGGCGCGACGGCGCGCAACGGAGGACACAUCAAGUGCGCGCCCCACGAGGAAUUCGCCCGGCUGCGACGGAUGCUCGGCGAUGACGAAAGGGCGCGGAAGGUCGUGCGCUUGCAGAUGAGGCAUCUUUCUGCGCUGAAGGAGGUUGGCGAGAGGAUGCCGUGGGGGGAGGUGAGAGAGGUUGAGACGGUGGAUUUGUUUCUAGACGGGGAUGGGUUUGAGAGGGCGAGGGGUAAUGUUGAUGAGUUGAGGGGGUGGAUGCCGGAGGUGGAUGUCAGGGUUUGGGAGGGGGAGGAGGAGAUGAGGGAGAAGUUUGGGGUUAAUCGGCAUGUUGUCGGCGCGAUAUCGUAUCAAGCAGGCGCUCUGUGGCCGUAUCGACUCGUCACAAGCCUAUGGCACGAUCUCAAGACGAAAUACCCCAGCCUCACCAUCAGUACCCAUACGCCCGUCUCAUCCAUCACUCCCAACGCCUCUCCGACCCAUCCCUAUACGAUUCAUUCUCCCCGCGGUAAGAUCCGUACCCGACACGUCCUUCACGCAACAAACGCCUACACAGGCCAUCUCGUUCCCGCCCUGCGAGGCUGUCUCACAGGCGUACUCGGACACAUGACGGCACAGAAGCCAGGGAAGGACUUUUCCCCCGUGUGUCAUGGGGGAAGGUCGUGGUCGGUGAUGUACGGGACGGGAUUCGACUAUGUGACGCAGAGACCUGAUGGAGAGGAUGGGCAGCCGGGGGAGUUGAUGCUCGGAGGGGGCUUGUUCCGGAGUAAGGAGGACGGGCUGGAUCAGGUUGGGGUGUGGGAUGAUGGGAGGGUGGAUGCGUUUCCGCUGAUGCAUCUCAGGGGGAGCAUGGCUGCGAUAUUCGAGCCGAGAUGGGGCGCGGAGGGGAAGCUGGAGGGUGCGUGGAGUGGGAUUAUGGGGUUUACGGGGGAUAUGUUGCCGUUUGUGGGGGGGUUGCCGGUUGGGGUUGGGAAUGGGAGGAGGAUGAGGGAGAAUGUGGGUGGUGUUGGGGAUGGGUUUGGGGAGUGGAUUGCUGCGGGUUUCAGUGGCGAGGGUAUGGUUUGGGCGUGGUUGAGUGGUGUUGCGGUGGGGAUUAUGAUGAUGGGGAGGGAGGAUGAUGAGUUGGUUGAGGGUGAGGGACGGCCUGGGGGGAGGUUGGGAGAGUGGUUUCCUGUGGAGGAGGUGAGAGUUGAUGCGGGGAGGUUGAGGAGGGCGAGGUUGGAGAAUUUGGCGAAUGAGGUUUGA